AGCAAUCGCUAUUGAAAACGCAAACGUAAACGUAAACGCAAACGCAAACGCAAACGCGAAGUUGAUGACCGUCAUGAUAAAAAAUUGUUCCGCAGGAUGAGCCGACGCUUCCUCCUCACCACUCUCCUCUGUUUCUCUCUGUCUCUGUGUCUACAAGAUAUCUCCAUGAACAUACUAAACAAGCUCGGUAUAGGAUCAAGUAGACAAACCAACAUGGAUCCUUCUCCGAUCGCACAAGGUCCCGACGACGACGCUCCGGCGCCGGGAAACCAGUUUGCUCAAUUCGGCGCCGGUUGUUUCUGGAGCGUGGAGUUAGCGUACCAGAGAGUUCCAGGAGUGACGCAAACAGAGGUUGGCUAUUCUCAAGGGAUCACUCACAACCCUUCUUACGAAGAUGCUUGUUCAGGCACCACGAAUCAUGCUGAGGUGGUUCGUGUUCAGUAUGAUCCAAAAGAGUGUAGUUAUGAGUCGCUGCUUGAUUUGUUCUGGUCUAGGCAUGAUCCCACCACUUUGAAUCGCCAGGGAAACGAUGUGGGAACCCAAUACCGAUCAGGGAUAUAUUUCUACAACUCUGAGCAAGAGAAACUAGCACGCGAGUCACUGGAGCGUCACCAGCAACAAGUUGAUAGGAAGAUUGUGACAGAGAUAUUACCGGCUAAGAAAUUUUACAGAGCCGAAGAACAUAACCAGCAAUCCUUGUCUAAAGGAGGGAGGUUUGGUCUUAAGCAAUCCAGUGCGAAAGGCUGCAACGACCCAAUCCGCUGCUAUGGCUAAAGAAAAGCCUUGCUUCUACACCCAAAAAAAAGCAGAGGAUGCUUCUACUUAUCUAUUAUAGACUAGAGAUGUUGUGUUUAAAGAUUGCAAUCAUGUGUCUUGUUCUUGUUCAUAAAACAUAUUCUGAGUGUUUCAAAUCGCUUAGAUUGUUCAUCUUGUGUUAUACUUGUCCCUUUUAUUAAAAAAACAGUUGGUGUAAAAAAGGGUAAAGAGUCGGUAAAAAUGUCAUUUAAACCA